GCGGGUGGGUGCCAUUCUUCAUAUGCUCAGGAGCACGCUUGGAGUGGAGCAGCCUCCUGAUUUCCGCGGGACAAAGGUCCCAGGUCAGUCAUCCUCGGCUAGGAAUCGAGCUGGAGAACCCUUGCUGCCAUUCGGUGUCGACAAUACAGGACCGUCGUCCGACCGUUUCGGUCUCUGCGUCUUCCCAAAGAGCAGCAGCUCCCCCUCUAGGACGGGAGCUUGCACGGGGGGAUAUGAUAGGGGUGCAUCAAAAGAUGCAUGAGAUGGAGUGGAGCACGGGGAGGUUUUUCUCCCUCUCUCAGUGUUAGAGCAGAGCUCAGAGUCACCCGCGGGGCUGAGUAGGCGGGUUUAUGGAGAUCAUGUGAAUGGGAAAUAGGCAUGAUGGCUGUAUAUCACCUUCAGUAUCUGAGGCAUUUUUGCUGCUGAAUACCAGUUAUGGGGAAAUAGGAGCAGGAGACUGCUUUUAUCUCAGCCCUGAUCGUGCAGGGCUUCUUGGCGUCGGUCUUGAGUUACAAAGUACCUUUGAAGGUUUGCAUUUGGUUUCACUUAGAAAGUGAAUUUACACAUCUUCCAACUCCGUUCUGAUCGUUCACAGAGUUGUUUCACAGUAAAACAUAGUAUUUCAAAUGCAGCAAGACUCCAGUGAGCAUGUAUAAUGACUGCCAUCUUUUUUAUGGGCCGAACCUAAGCCUGCCAACAGGCUGCAUUUUAUGCACAAUGCAACUUUUUCCCCUCCAACUAUUUUUACUGGCCUCUCCACUUUCUGCAAUCUUCACAGCAAUGCCACGAGAACGGUUAAAUUAAUGAUUUGUUCAGAGUUGCCCAGUGGAUGGCAGCACUGAGCAAGAUUCUGAGCUGCUGUUUGCUCCCGCUUUUCCCGUUAUUGUGCAAAAUAUUGGCCACCUUUGCACAGCGCAAAUUUGAACGAGCUUUCUGUGUUUGGUGUCUGCAGCCUGCUUGGCUCCUCUCACUAGUGCAACCAAGCUAACAAAGCAGACAUUGUGUUGGGAUUCUUGCUCAGGUUGUGAUCGAUUUCCCUUUCCUGAGGGAACCCCAAGACGAGCCUGGUCUGUGGAGUGUGCCCCCGUGUCCUUCUGGGGUUCCUUAGAAGGCUUGCAUAGCGACAGCCACAAUUUCUGUGCAAGCAAAAAAGCAGGGCAGCUGGACUAGACCUUUCCUUCCUGGCUGUGUGUGUUUGCAUUUGUUUUUAAUAGCAAGGAAUUAUUUUAUAUAGGCAAGCAUUAAAAAUGUGCCACACUCCUUGUAGUCUGAGAUGGUAUAGUCCACUGCCCCAGCUUUGCUGGCUGUAUGUUUAGAUCCAGGCCUAAGAUGCAAAACGUGCAGUUUGCACCAAUGAUCUGGCUGACUUUUCAUCCAUUCUAGUAUUUGAUCUUGCAGCUGGUUGAUAGUAGAGCUUUCCUUUAAAGAUCUAUAUAGUUUCUAAGUAAUCAUUUCCACUGAGCAGGGAUGUUUACUGAAACAAGCAGCUGGCUAAACUUUCCAUGUCCUAGAACAGAAUUUGCUCAUGAGCUAUAAGAUUCCCCCUCCAAAAAACUGACAACAUUUUUCCAGGGCAGGAGGGAAAAGAAAUGUUAACAGAGAUCAUGUACAUGAGAUUAUUAAGGAGUUGAUGGGAGGGAAUAAUAAAGGAUUACCCCCAAGCAAGAGUAGGAAGCCUGGUUCCCUGCAAGAAGUUUGAACUUCAAGUCCCAUAAUCAUUUGUCACUGGAUGGGGUUUAUGAGAACUGUAGUCCAAAACACCUGGAUGGAACUAGGUUGCCUGUCUUUACUUUACACAAACAUAGCUCUAGAAGCAAGCAAAAGGUUUUCACUGGAACACAUGCCAGUGUUUUUUAAAUCCUGCAUGUGGAAGGGUAACUCUUGCAGAGAUGCUAACUUUUUUUUUACAAUCCUUCCAAAUAAAACUUGUGUGGAGGAACAUUUCAUCAGUGGUACAGCCUUGUCUGCAGGAUUUUCACUCACACACAUUUGAAAUAUACUUAGCAGUGAGACCUCUGGAUUUUACUUUCCAUUACAAUGCCCAAGUACCUCUCUGAGGUAGCAUCUGACUUUGGACAGGGGCUGUAGAGGCACCUGGUUUGCACACAAGCGGCCACAGGUUCAGUUCCUCCACAGCUCCGGGUGAAAGGCAACCGUGGACUGAGGCUGCUUUGGUGCCUGAGAGCCUGCAGUGUGUCAGGACGGAGCUGUGCUCGGUGGGCAGAUACUCGUCCUGGCAGUGUCCUCCCAUUUUCCUUUCCUUGCUUGGUCCUGACUUUUCCCUUUCCCUCCUUCCACAGUGAGCAGCUGUUUAUGCAGAUGGCGGAUGUGAUGGUGUCGGAUGGCUGGAGGGACACUGGGUACCAGUACUUGUGCAUUGAUGACUGUUGGAUGGCUCCGACCCGUGAUGAGCAGGGCAGGCUGCAGCCAGACCCAAAGCGUUUCCCCAGUGGGAUCAGCAGGCUAGCAGACUACGUCCACUCGAAAGGGCUGAAGUUGGGCAUCUACGCAGAUGUUGGGAACAAAACCUGCGCCGGUUUCCCUGGCACCUACGGCCAUUACGAACUGGAUGCCGACACCUUUGCCAGCUGGGGUGUGGAUCUGCUCAAGUUCGACGGCUGUGGUUUUGGCACACUAGAGCAGCUGGUGGAAGGUUAUAAGAGCAUGUCUUUGGCUUUGAAUAAAACCAGCAGAAGCAUUGUGUACUCCUGUGAGUGGCCGUUCUACCAGAGACCCCUGCAGAAGCCCAACUACACAGAGAUCAAGCAGUACUGUAACUAUUGGAGGAAUUACGCUGAUGUCUCCGAUUCCUGGAGUAGCGUUCAGAACAUCUUGGACUGGGUCUCAUAUAACCAGGAUGACAUUGUGGACAUUGCUGGCCCAGGAGGCUGGAACGACCCAGACAUGCUGGUGAUUGGGGACUUUGGACUCAGCUGGAACCAGCAAGUGACUCAGAUGGCAUUCUGGGCCAUUAUGGCCGCACCGCUGCUCAUGUCCAAUGACUUGCGUCAGAUCAGCCCACAGGCCAAGGCCCUGCUGCAAAACAAGGAUGUGAUAGCCAUCAACCAGGAUCCGUUGGGCAAGCAAGGAUAUCGAAUUACCAAGGACAACAACUUUGAGCUGUGGGAGCGGCCCCUCGCAGACGGAGCUUUCGCUGUCGCUGUGCUGAAUCGGCAGCAGAUUGGUGGGCCUCGGGCUUUCGCCUUCUCUACUGCCUUGCUUGGGAAUGGCUUGGCCUGCAACCCCACCUGCAUCGUCCAGCAGAUCCUGCCCACCAGCAAGGAUUUGGGGCUACACAACUGGGUUUCAUUCCUGAAGGUGAUGGUGAACCCAACCGGUACUGUGCUGCUGAAGACUGUGACGACUGAGGAGAAACUGGUUAUUGAUCACGGAAAGAGCCGCUCUCCAGAUCUCUUGUAACACAGCGGCCUUUUUGUCGAGCGUUCUUUGGAGGAAUAUUUUCAAGCAGAAACCAAAGCAACUUUUAAUUUAAAAGUCCAGGGCAAGUUACUGCAGCAUCACCCUGGUUCUACCAUUAGGACACAUUACCCAGGCCUCUAGUGGCUUUUAAAGCUCCCCUCCCGAGUGUCACGCAACCUGCCUUUCUGAAGGAGGUGGAUAUCAGUCUGUGACAUGACUGCCAACACCCACAGAGUAUCACCAUGGCUUUAGGCUACAGUGCAAGAUGAAUUAUGCUAAACUACAAGGAUGUAAAAAUCCUUAAGCUAGUUUCUUAAAAAUCUCAAAUCUUACGUAGUGCCUAUGAAAUUUCAACAAGACCACUAGGAACCCUAAGGAAGGAUUCUGUGGGCUUGAGUGCUCUAAAGGGCUAGGAGAUAGGCUUUAGAUUAUUUUAACCCAGCACCUGCACAAUCCUAGUCUAGGUUCAUUGCGAAAUUAUUACUUGAAACAUUCUACCCAUCUAAAACAAAAAUUAGAACAAUCAUUAAUCCCAGGUCCCUGGUUGCUUAGGGCCAAACCAGAUAAAGAUGCCACUAAUGCAUUGAGAGCCAGUGCAGUGUAGUGGUUAAGAGCACAGGGGACAACCUGGGUUCUAGUCCCCGCUCAGCCACUGAGCCAACUGGGUGACUUUGGGCCAGUCACAGGCGCUCAGCCCAAACCCUACUUUACAAGUUGUUGUGGGGGUAAGAUUGAGAGAAGAAUGGUGUAAGCCACUCCGAGUUCACAAGAACACAGUGGGACAUAAAUCUAAUAAAUAAUACAAGGAAGGAAUUGACAGUGAGUGGAGAAAGAUACAGGUGGGGAGAACAAUGCACAAUAUACAAGGGAAGGAGAUGAAACUGGCUCUGUAUUUCUACAGGCAUCCAGUCUUUAGUAAAUUAGUCAAAAAAAGGUAUUAUCCCUGACAAAACCUUUGUUCUGGCCUCAAUCUGUAUUCUAUGGGAAUGACCAAGAACACUUUAAGUUCAGAUGCUCCAAGCAGCAGCAAAAAAGAGAAUAUGCUACCAGUGUAUUUUGAUAGGAUUUUAAUCAUUUCCAUGAUAAAGAACAAAGAUGAAUGUCUAGAACUGGAUAACCUGCCCCUGUGGAAGAGAAACCAAACACAAACUAAGUAAAUAUCAUAACAAUUGGAAAAAGCA